UAUCAAAAAGGGUUAUUUAGACAAUAUGAGAACGCAAACACCCACAAAUAAGUUAGGAGCAAGUACUUAAAGAAUCUCAUUAAAGAAAAAAUAACAAAAUAAUUCAAAAUAUUGUUUAAAUGGUCAGAAGUCAGAGUUUACGAGGAGCACUUGGACGCAGCACAGUUUUUCCCCUUGGUGGGUGUGAGCUUCAGCUAAGUGCGCCCCCUAUCGGCCGGAGCCUGACACUGGUGCUCCCGCAUGGAGGAGAGGAGGAGGCCGGAGAGAGGAGGAUGCUGUCGUCACUGACCUCAGUGAAAUGACAGCAGAAUGAACAUGGAGUCAUUUUAAAAAACAGCCAUCCCAACCUCCAUCAUCUCUGCGCUGCGUCCGGCGCGAUGAUGGCGGCGCGGUGCACGGAGCGAGCCGUGCAGGAGUUCGUGAGGGAGAGAGGAGGAAGGGUCCAACAGAUGGAGCUGAUCGAUCAUUUCCUAUCACGGACCGUGGCGGCGGUGGGGGAAGAUGACCAGCCGGGGGAAGGGGUGGACCGCGAGGGGCUGAGACGCGUCGUGGACAGCGUGGGCUUCGUGAAGGUGGAGGACGGUGUGAAAUUCGUGUGUUUGCACGCGGAGGGCAGCGCGGGGGCGGCGAUGCGUGAGGACGGGGCCGAGCGGGCGGAGUGCAACGGGAACAUCCCGCAGACAGCGGAGCACCGUGGGAACGGCAACCCUGACAACACGCACCAAACAGGAGAACACAGUCCACCUGGUGCAGACCUGGACAAUGACAGACACUCAAAUGGAAACCAGCAACCUGCAGCCUCCUCCCAGGUGAAGGUGAACACAGGCCCCCCGACGUCUUCUGGGAGAGGGGAGGUGAAGCUGAGGGACAGGAGGAGGCGGGAGUCGGCCCCGAUCAUCGGGAUGCCCGACCUGGACCCGGCUCACCCCGGGUGGUCCCUCAGCCAGCAGGUGAGAGGGUCACGGAGGGUGUCCAAAGGCUCCCAGAGGGCCUUGCUGACCAGCUGCCUGUCAGAGGACAGCACCUUGGAGGGGCUGGACCCCGUUGGAGAUAUCAACACGCCCAAGGGAAGUCGCAGAAACUUCAUAGAGCUGAUGAUGAGUUGCUCUCCACAGGUCCGGAGGUCCCUGAUCAACCGCGGCUCUCGCAUCCGGGACUCAGUAAGAAGUGAGGGAGAUACGAUAUCAAUCCUCUCCUCAGCCACUGACGAGGACUGUGCCUCGGUGACCCUGGACCCACUGGAGCACGAGUGGAUGCUGUGCGCCUCAGACGGCCUGUGGGAAAGCCUGCAGCCCCUGCUCGCUGUCGAGCCCAGCCUCGUGGCCAAGAGAGACUUUGUGACGGGCUUCACCUGCCUCCACUGGGCGGCCAAGCAGGGCAAAGCCGAGCUGAUCUCCCAGCUGCUGGCCUUCGCCAAGGAAAAUGCUACACCUGUGAAUGUGAACGUGAGGUCGAGUGCUGGAUACACGCCGCUGCACCUGGCGGCCAUGCACGGACACACACAGGUGGUUCGCGUAUUGCUGUCAGACUGGGAGGCCGACCCCGAGGCUCGAGACUACAGUGGGAGGCGAGCCAUCCAGUACCUCUCCCCACCGCUGGCCGCCAACCUGCACGAGGAGGGACUGGUCACCUCACCGGGGGCGGAGUCAGACAGCGAAAACACGAAUGGCGGCGGUAGCAGCGGAAGGGGGCGUGGCUGGAGGUUUGUCCGAGUCCUCCAGGGCAACCUGAACCCGCUGCGGCUGCUGAACCCCCCGGCCGAGGCGGCGGAGGAGGCCGGGAAGACUAAAGGGGGCAUACAGAGGAAGUCGUCUCUGAGCCGGCUGAACGCCCGGCUGCACCGAGGGCGCCACAGGGCUCAGAUCAUCCACAGCGCCUCCUUCAGGGACGCGGGGGAGGUGGGGCGAGGGGAGGAGCUGCCCAGCACUCCCCUCCGCACCCGACCACUGUCCAACCUGUUUGGAUGAAUCUGCCACAAUUUUUAAUCGAGUUUGACACGUUUUGAUUCACAGGAUAAAGUUUACAAUCUGGUAGGUCAGACCGGAUGUCACCAAAAUUGAAAGGACACAUCCUAAUAUAGUGUCAAGCUCUUUUUAAAGUCUUCUUAUUAUACGUUUUUAAAAGAAUAAACUAAUAUUUUUUCAAAGAAAUAUAUAUAACUUAUUUUUGUUCCUAUUGCAGUUGUUAGAUUUAUGUUGACCACUAAACACUUUUUUUUAAUAAUGACACAAACUAAGUUAAAAUCCUGUGAAAUUUUGAUUUUUGCAUUAGUGGUGUUUUCUAUCAUUUUUAGGCUCUUAUUUAGAGCUGGUAGCAAAUAUUACACAAGUUUUUUGUCUAAUACCUUUCAUGCAACAAUCUUUACACACAUUCACAAGCACCGGGCAGGAUUUUUACUGCGUCUUCAUGUAUGAUUUGACCCGCAGUGGAGAGGGAUUUGAGAAUAGCACUCGGUUUGAUUCCACACGGUUUUAUCCACAAUCCAUUUUUUUUUUGUUUGCAGAGUAAAUUAAUAUAUUUCUAGAGCUCAUUUUCUAUAUUUCAACCUCCUCUGAUUGGAUGGUGCUGGAUUUUUUUCUUAAAGUAUAUUCCUGUAAUGUGAAUGUUUUUUCUUUUUUUCAAAGUAGCAGAUUUUAAUAUUCAAACAGUUGUAACCACAUAAUUAUUGUGUGUCCAGUCAUCAUGUUUGCACUUGUCACUUUGAAGAUAGCAGGCUAUAACUGGAUAAAAUCCCUUCAACUGAAGUCAUGGCAACUGUUUGGUCCUUCAUAUUUUCAUUUAUAGUUGAUAUCCUAUAUACACAAUAGAAUUGGGUGAUCCAAUUCGGCUGUAUUCUGCUGUAUCUAUAAGUACACAUGAGACUGAAAUAAUUCUUUACCUUUAACUUCUGUUGAUCGAUACUUGGUCACUAUUUCCAGGCUGUCAUGGCUUCAGUUGGAUCCAGUUAUUUGUAUAAAGGCGCUGAUCAGUUACACACUACAGUUGUUUCAAAGGGUGGAAGCUCAGUGGGUGCUAACAAUGUUUCUAUACCUUUUUCUACUGACCAUGAUGAACCUCAAAUACUCAGAGUCGGGUUUAAACUUAUUGUUAUUUUACUUUUUAGGGGGCUGGGUUAAAGUGUUACGGGUCCCUGGUGGUCAUUUGCAGUAUUUUACAGUGUUUUCAUACAUUUAUUCUGCUUAUUUGACUAUUUUCAGUCAAAAAAUAUUCACAACUACAAGGGCAUCCUGAAGAGUGCUGACGUCUCCCAGGGCCCAACAGUCCCCUUGAAAAAAAAAAAAUAUUUGAAAAUAUCUUGCAAUGUUAAAUAGGGAGGAAAAAAAUACUGUAUCAUCUCCUGAUGCUGAUCCACACCAAACUUGAUUGAGGUAUUAAUUUCACCAUGACCCGCCCCUCAACAAAAGUUCAUGGAAAUCGGUUGAGGACUUUUUCCGUAAUCCUGGUCACAAAUAAACACAUGCUGACAAAACAUAACCUCUGCAGUGGAGGAAAGAUUGGCCCCAAGAUAUAGACACAUAAUAUAAAUGAUAAUCAGGUCAAGUUAAAGGUCUAUGCGACCACAGACUUAAACACCCAGCGUGACACUGAUCAGUUUACCACUAAAUAUGCAAACACACAACCUGCAUUGCAUGAUAUUGAAUAUAAAGUCUAUAUUGUCCCUAUGUGUGUUAGUCUGACAUUGCAUUUUCUCAUUAACCACGUCUGUGUCCUCUGUGAAUAUUAAGGAGUCUAGACUUGAAUAUGCUACGUGUGUUUAACCGAGGAGCACAUUGACUUUUUUUAACCAUUUUCCCUGAAUAUGUGAACUUUUUCUUUCUCAGUGAAACAUCCUAGAUUUCACGACUGUUCCCUUUGUAGCAGAUUUUGUAGCUUUGUACUCGGAUAACAGUAAUUUGUAUGUCUGACUCUUUUGAUGUUGAAAAAGUUAUUACACAAAUGUUCUUUGAUAUUGCAUUUUCAGGCGCAUGAAUAUGGGAAAUGUAAAUUCUGUGCAUUGGUUAUGUCUGUCUCUAAUUCAUUGUGUCAUCAAAGUGGAAAACUGUGAAGUUGUU